CCUGUGCCACUCGGCCUUCGUGUUUUUGUGUUCCCCGAUAUAAAAAAGAGCAAGAAAUAAUCGUAAAUUAAAAGCACCACAGGAUUGACUUUUUAUGUGUGUGUCGCAGUCUCCGUUUCAUUCUGUGUGUUUCUCUGUGUUUUUGUGAUUUCUGUUGUUUCCGCGUGUUAACCCAAGAGUGUCAUUCCUUUCGUUUCUUGUUCGCAGUUCAAGGAUAACGCACGACCACAGACACAGUCAAGGCUCUACCGUAAAUAUCUACAGAACUUGGCAACAGAAUGCAUCUCUUUGUGCUGUCAACGCUUGUGCUGGUGCUGGCCUCCUUGGCCGCCAGCCAGAAUCCACUGGAUGCGAGUGGCGCUGCCGUCGAAAUCCAGCAGCAGCGGCUGAUAAAAUUUCCCGAGGAAUUUGAUCCCAAUGUGGCGCCACCUACGGCCGAGAAGGUGGACGAGGCGAAGCGCAUUCUCGAGCAGAUUGCACGCGUGAACGAGGCCUUUGGCUACGUGAAGAAGCAGCCGGCGCAGAAGAAGCUCCCGCCCAUACUCGACUCCAGUCAGUAUUUGUUCCCCAAGCCCGCCUAUCAGCCGUUCCACGCGCAGCAGCACCACUUUGCCGGCAGCCAUGGCCAGACGCUGCUCGAGCCCUCGAUUCGCGCGGUAAAACUGACUCGAAAUGUGGCAGGAUCCAGCUACAAUGUGCCACCAAGGCUGCGCAAGGGCACAGCCGCACCUGCCAGUGUGGAGGUGCAGCAAUCGCAGCUUUACUUCCGACCCAACCAAGUGGAGCUGCCAAAGCCCACAACGGCGCAGGAGGCGCAGCAGCUGCCCGCGCACUUUGCCAUCCCCGUGCACCUGUACAAGCUGAACAAGGAGCAGUAUCUGCGGGAGCAUGCCGCCCAGGAGUACCGCGUCAAGGGCUACAAGAUCAUCGGCGAUGUGGACAGCUUCUAUGGCAAGGCCAAGUCGGGCAGGAAGCAGGGCAAGACCACGCCCAAAUAUCAUUUGUUCUUUCUGCCCCGAGAGUUGGCGCUGAACGAGGAUGGCACGCCCAAGAGGGGCAAUGGCACAACGACCACAAAAGCUCCAGCUGCUCCACAGGGCUCCAAGGAGUUCCGUUUGGACUCCCGGGAGCGGCCCUCCAACAAGCCUGCCCACAGAACGCAGACGACUGUGGCAGCCCCCACCGACAAUAGCCUGGGAGCCGCUGGGAAUCGCAAGCGAGUCAGCACCACCGUGAAGCCUGUGCGGGGAGCUGCCUCUGCUGCUGGCAAGGAGGCGGAGCAGCUGCCACCCAACAUGGCCUCGACUUCAGCACCCUCAACCCUAGCUCCUGCCGGCGGACUGCUGCCCAAUCGCAAUCGCCUGAAUCCCUUCCGCGUCUCCGGCAUCAACAUCGCCGACAUGCAGAACCAAACGUCGUCGGCCAUCAAGAAUGCCUUCCAGAACAUAUUCCGAAUGCCCUUCCGGCCGGUGCCCGGUGCACUGUCGCCCUCCCAGCCCAUCAUUGUGGGCAGCAUUCCGCAGAAGCAUUCGCAGGCGCUGUCCAGCGACACGCAGGAGGACUACAAGUGGGAGGACGAGAAGGAGGAGGGCGGCGGCGAUGGCAACAUCGAAGAUCUGGAGAACACGGCCGCCGAGCAGGACACCAGUGCCCAGUCCGAGGAGAAGCAUUUGUUUGCGCACAAGAAUCACCUCGGAGCUGGUGGCCUGAUGCACACCAUCGGCCAUGUGGCCACCGCACAGCAGACCACCCAGAAGCAGGCGCUACGCGAGGGCGGCAUCAUCAUCCAGCGGCUGAAGGUGCGCAAGGGCGGCAUUGCGAUUGCUGGGCCCGGGGGCGUGGCCACAGCAGGCAGCGGCGGCACAGCCAUCGUGGGCCCUGGGGGCUAUGCCCUCACACACCCGCGCAGCCUCACAAUCGCUGGGCCCGGGGCCAAGGUGAUUUCCAUACCCGCCAAUGUGGAUCUGCAGGAUGCGCUGGCACGCACCGAUCUGCAGGCGAGAAGUUUUCCGCGUGAGGGCAAGGUGGUGGCCACUGGACCGACGGUUUACUAUGCCCCGCCCACGGGCACGACGGAGGAGGAGGCGGCGGAGCAUGCUUACGGCUACUGGCGCACUGCUUCCUUCGAGGCCUGGCCGCCACGCACUCAACUGGCACACGCCGCGCCGCUGCUCGCCAAGGAAAACCAAUUGACGUCGUUCGGCGCCUACCAGCCAGCUGUUGUAUACAACAGUCCGUUCUACGCGGCAUACAGUCUGCCACUGGCAUACGUGCUGCAACCCACCACACCCGGCACAGCCACCACACCAGCCACAGUCGAUGCAACAACCACGAGCACGAUCAAGCCCGAAAGCACAGCGGAGGAGCUCGAAAAGCCAGAAAAGCCAGAAAAGCUGCAAGCGCUGCCAGCGGCCAAACAGCCACAAGUGGAGACACAAACCACUGGCGACCUGAAGAGUGAUUCGGGUCUCCGCUCAGCGGUGAGCAAAAUAAAUCCCAAUUACGUGAUCGAGGAGAUUCUGGCCAUUCCCGGCAAGCAUGUGAUCUCCAGCCAGCAGCAGCUGCGACCAGCGAAGCUGCGAAAGCUCUCCUCAGCGAAACUGAAGCGCGUGCCCGUCAAGGUGGAGGCCACGGGCAAGACCAGCAGCAGUUCGGGCAACAUUCCGCAGAUCCAAUUCGGCAACUACUUUCUGCCCUACCAGCCGCUGCAGGCACAGGCCAUACAGGGCCGCAAGCAGGCGGCGCUCAUACUCGAGCCGCACUCCCGCGCGGUGGUGGGCAACGGCGGCACGGCCAUUUCCACGCCCAUUUCGCGGGCGUACCUGAAGAAGGGCGUGCCCACGAAUGUGUACUUCAAUCCGGACUCGGUGGCCAUCGCCGGCGUGGGUGGCAAGGCGCAUGCCACGGCGGACUUGGAGCUGGACUUGUUUAACUGA